UGCUCAGUGUCUUCAAAUAGCUUAGAAGAUUUACAGUAUUAAAACAAACGGUUUCUAGAGACCCUUGUCAUUUCUUCCGGUCCCUUACUACUGCUAUAAAUCUACACGAUGAAUGUAGAUGGGCAAAAUGUUUCAUCGGUAUGUUCUAGGGUAUAAUAAUCUCCAAUGGAUUAAAGACUGCGUUUCUAGUCAGAAUAGAAGUUAAAAGAUCAAAACUAACUAUUUCUCUGGACAAAUAUAAUGCAUUUGUGCAAGCAACAAUAAGUGUCAAGCUUUUCUAGUAAUACUUGUAAAUUAAGAUGUAAUUAGACCUACGAUAACCACCAUUUAAUGUCACUUUUUCGUAAAAACAUAUUUGCCCGAUAUUUCUAUUUUGAUUAAUCUUGACAUCAAUCAACACACCUAAACUGCCUCUUCAUAGUGACUGUCAUUUUUCUCAUGCAUGUGUGAUGGACAUUCAGAUUCAGCCCUCUUUCACACCAAUAUAAGCCCACGCUACAGUCUUCCAUCACUUCCAUGAUCAUUUUAUUCUGUUUGGCAAAUUGGAAUUUUAAAAAAAAAAAAAAAAAAGAUAAGAAAUUUGCUGCUGCCUUCUUAUUACUCAUUACAAAGCCCCUCCCUUCAACUUUAUUCAUUUUUACAGCAACCAUGCUCAAUUUGGAGGACUUGGAGCACUUCCACACACUUCCACAGCCUUGUUUCACUGGGGGCUCAGCACCUACUGAUUUCUUUGUACGAGUUGCCUGAUCACGGCACUGUUACUUGUUGGUGGUGGAAUAUGAUGUGGAUAGCAGCUGAACUGACAAGAGAGUUGCAAUAAACAACGUUAAGGGUUGCCAGAAGGUCCGGUUAUCAUCAGGGUCACAUCCGAGCAUGCUAAACGUGAAACGGAGGAAAGUCACGCUUAACAUGCGUGUGUUUAUUUUGACUAGGAUGAGGCGAUGUCUCCCAUUUCACUUCUGUUUGAUGACUUGCUGUACGCAGUGUUGCAUGUUCGUGUCUUAUGUUUCUGCAGCAUUGCUGCAGUGGUUCCUUGACUCAGAAUGCACCCUGACCUUUCACCUCACCUGCACACAGAUGAGUGCAAUGAACUCAUAAGCCUCCUGCGACAGUGCCACAAAGAGCACAAUGUCAUGAAGUUCUUUGGCACAUGUAAUGACGCCGACCGUGCCAUGCGUCACUGUCUGAAGAAAGAGCGAUUGGAAAAACGAGAGCGCAACAAGAAGCACGGAGAAGAAAUGCGAAAGAGGAUAAAGGAAGGACCCAAGCAGUUUUAAUACAUCCACAAACAUUUGGACAUAAAAGUGAACAUGAGACCGUGAACAAGGCUCCCAUGACUGGUUUUCUGUCAACACAGAGGAACAGUGGUGGUUAUGUUUCUCUGUAAAUUUGAAGUGUGGUUUAUAAUAUUAUUUACAGCUGAUUGCACCAUCAUCUGUUGCACAACUGUGUCGUUUGUUUGGUUGGUGCAGAGUUUCUACCUCCGUAAUUACAGAGUAGAUAUUGGAAUCUGCUCUAAGAGCGGAUACCAAAACAUGCAGGUCAGUUGGAGAAAAAAAUCAUCUAGCUUUUCAGAUAUACACUGUCUUUCUCUUACUUCUCUAAUGUUUAAUUGAUCUUAGAUUUUUUUUUUUUUUUUUACUUUAUUUUAAUGUGAUGGUUCCAGUCGUCGUACUUGUUGACUACACCGCUCAGGAAUCUCUCUCCCGCUGACAAAGAUGUUUAUUGUUAUGAGAAUUUGUUGAAUGGGGAUUUAGAUUGUUUCCAGAUUUUUUGUUUUUAAAUAAAAUGUCAAAUUCUCCAUUUCAAAACUCAAAUUUGCAAUAACUAAUUCAGUCAAUAACACACUUGUCCCGUCCAUUGAUAUAUAUAUAUAUAUAUAUAUAUAUAUAUAUAUAUAUUACAUGGCUCCAGCUAUUUCAGUGGAAAAACAGCAUUGUGAUGUUCUCCCGUAUGAGUAAGAUUAAUAACCCUUUAGAGCCUGGUAUAAAAAUGUCUGAAAAUUUCAAUUGAGAUGCCUUCAGCAAAACCUUUGAUUCUUGCAGAUCUUCAGAUCAUUGCCACUUUAGGCUUUUGCAUCCAUGUAAUUAACAAACACUUUGUAGGCAUUUUAAGACAUGCGGCAACCCUUUUUGUAAAACUAUUCGCAAUCUGUUUACACUACCGUUUACAUUUUGUUGAGCGUGUGAAAUAUAUUUAGCUGAUGAUGUUUGAGGCAGCAAGAUUUAAGAAAUGAAAACCAUUUUCACAGGUAAUGGUUUUGACAUUUUCACCUCUUCCUCCCACAACUGGGAGGCAAUCCUGUGAUGGCACUGAUAAAUGUCAGGUCUGACAUUGACUAAACUUGAUAAAAUAGGUAUGAAUAAUAGUAUGUAGUGUAUUUAUUUGUCAUUUCCCAGAAAAUCAAACCCUGUAUUACGUUAAAAAUGUGUGACUGAGAUGAGAACAGUAGGAUUUUCUCAAAAUCCAAACAGAUUAAAGGUCACACCACGUUCAAUUUGGCAGUCGGGGAUCAGACCACAGACCCAAAUGACAUCAAACUGAACCCGUCCACUCCCCACGAAGGGUGGGAUUCCCACACGGCUUGCUUGGACUUUGCCUAGGAAGAACCCACAGGACUUUACUCAAGACCUACAUGUAAGGUUAAGUAACUGGUUCCCUUUAUAGGAUCCAUCAUAAGUAUAGUCCAAUUAUCCUUGUUCUGGCCUCUUCCCUCGAACAAAGCUUCUUGGAAAAGCCUUUGAGCUCGUAGCUUCAGAUCUCUGGAUUAUUCAAGUCGGGUAUGGUCUGCAGUGAGAAAAGAGCAGGUUGCUCCGUCUGUGUUGGGAGUGAGUUGUUGGCUUAGGCAGGGUUAGCUGAAAUGUUUGCAGUUUUGUGAAUAAAUAAUUGUAAAAUAGAGAGAAUGAUACAUUGGAGGAACAUG